CUCACACAGCUCCACAAGAAUUGAGGGAAACAAGACCACAAUGGCUGCCACAGAUAGGACUUCUCCGCCGACCCUGAAAGAGUCAGUGAAGCAAAGCGACUUCUCAUCCAUCACCGAACCAACGAACACAUCCGGAAAAGAGAAUCUAACCACCACUAAACACAUGAUCUUUGAGCCUCAAAAGUUGGAGGCCAACGAGAAUGUUCGUGACGGGAAUUCCAACAUCAGAAAUUUUCGUUCAAUAGCAGAUCUAAUUUAUUUUACAGGACCAGAGAAGACCAUCGGGGGGAGAUACCCAUAG